AUGCAACAACUCGACGAUUUGAUCAAUUUCGAAACUGAUGAUCAAUCACAACUGACCGAACCUGGACCUUCAUCAUCAACUAUAACCGUUUCAAAUGCUCUUUGUUCUUCUCCAUUAUCCGUUGAUCGACCGUUUUCGCUACAUACCAAUUUAUUGACAUUAUCGGCAAUAUUUUCGUCAACUGAAUGUCCAUCAUCAUCAGCCGAUCUCGUUCCACCAUCGAGACAUAAACAAGUGCGUAAACGGGCAGAAGAGAAUUAUUUAGAAACAGCAUACAAGAACCGUGCAAAAUAUGACCAACAUUUAAGUGAAUCAGCCAAAAAAUUUAACAUUGGUGAUCGUAUUGGAAUCAAAAUCGAUAAUGUUGACCGUACUAACACUGAUCCAAAAAUCUGGCCAUGUCUCAUCAUUUCAAAAGAGAAAAAAAGAACAAAAUUCCGUUUUCAAGGUAGCAUGUCAGUUUGGAAACUUGACGAAUUCAUAUUCGGUCGAAUCAUUGGCUGA